UCAACCUUUUGCUUUACACCUCUUACUCUCUCUGUCUCACAUACAUAUCAUCCUCAUCUCUCUCUUUUCUCUUUCUCUUUCACCGGAAUCUCAAAUUCCGGCCACAUAUCCACCCCCCAGAACCUGACACACUCUCUCUUUUUUUCAUCAAUUAUUCAACGAUCUUUUCUUUAUUCAUAUACGUCAGAUCUUCAAGGAUUAGAAAUAAAAAACCAGCUUGGAAAAGCACUGAAAGCCUUGCCACAGAGAUAGACUAGUCCACCAACACCCACCACUACCUCUGUUAUCUUUCCUUCUCGGUCUCAGAAGUAUGGGCGCUGGAAUUUCUGGUUGUUGAGAAAGCUGAUGAGGAAAUAACCGCAUUUAUUGCUAACGUGAUGUUCCAUAAGGAAACGUAAAAGCAAAAGAAAUGCCUCACAUGCAUAUGAGAGACCUGAAGGAGAACCAUGUGGUGUCAAGGGAACCUCUAAAGAGUUCCAUGAAUCAGAAGAAAUCACCCCAAAUGAUCAUCAAAAGUGGGGAUAGAUUUGAAGAUGGCAAGAAGAGUCUGGGAAGGAAAAAUGGAAGGAGAAGAGUCAGAGGACAUAAAGUAGAUAGGUUACAAGAUGCAAAGCUUGAGUCAAGCAUGGGUUCUAUUCCAUGCAAGAGCCUUAUGUUCCACAGAAGGCCUGGCUAUGGCCAGUUGGGAACUAAGUGUAUGGUUAAAGCCAACCAUUUUCUUGCUGAGAUACCAGGUUCUGACUUGAGUCAUUAUAGUGUAGAAAUAAACCCGGAAGUUGCUUCUCGUAAACUGAACAAAGCUAUUAUGACAGAGCUAGUUAAACUUCACAGAAACAGCGACUUGGGGAUGAGGCUUCCUGUUUUUGAUGGAAGGAAAAACCUAUACACAGCAGGAUCACUGCCUUUUACCUCUAAGAAGUUCAAUGUAAUAUUGGCUGAUGAUGAUGAAGGAACGGGCAAUGCUAGGAGAAGGGAAUUUAAAGUGACAAUAAAGUUUGUAGCUCUCGCUAGCAUGGCACAAUUGAGCAACCUGCUUUCUGGGAUUCAAGUUGAUACCCCUCAAGAAGCCCUUAAUAUUAUCGAUACUGUGUUAAGGGAACUUGCGGCUCAAAGGUACAUAUCAGUUGGAAGGUUCCUUUACUCUCCUCAUAUCAAGAAACCACAAGCACUGGGAGGUGGCUUAGAAUCAUGGCGCGGCUUCUACCAGAGUAUAAGACCUACUCAGAUGGGAUUGUCACUGAACAUUGAUAUGUCAACGACUGCAUUCAUUGAACCACUACCUGUCAUUGAUUUUGUUGCUCAAAUUUUGGGUAAAGAUGUGUAUUCAAGGCCAAUGUCAGAUGCAGAUCGUGUUAAGGUUAAGAAAGCCCUCAGAGGUGUAAAAGUGGAAGUGACUCACAGGGGAAAUGUACGCAGAAAGUACAGGGUUUCAGGGUUGACAACUCAGCCAACAAGGGAGCUAAGUUUCCCACUUGAUGAGCAUAUGAACAUGAAAUCAGUUGUUGAGUACUUUCAAGAGAUGUAUGGAUAUACAAUUAGAUAUGCACACCUACCUUGCCUUCAAGUAGGAAAUGAGAAAAAGGUGAACUACUUGCCCAUGGAGGCUUGCAAGAUAGUUGAAGGACAGAGAUAUACAAAAGGGCUGAAUGAAAAACAGAUUACUUCUCUGCUAAAAGUUUCCUGCCAAAGACCUCGUGAACAAGAAUUGGAUAUCUUACAGACAGUUCAUCAAAAUAAUUAUGAUCAAGAUCCUUAUGCAAAAGAGUUUGGCAUCAGCAUAGACAGCAAGCUUGCAUCAAUUGAGGCUCGGGUUCUUCCUGCUCCAUGGCUGAAGUAUAACGAUACUGGAAAAGAAAAAGAAUAUUUGCCUCAAGUUGGUCAGUGGAAUAUGAUGAACAAGAAAGUGAUAAAUGGAAGCACUGUAAGAUACUGGGCUUGUAUCAACUUCUCACGAAGUGUUCAGGAGAGCACUGCUCAUUGUUUUUGUCAGGAGUUGGUUCAGAUGUGCCAAGUCUCUGGCAUGGAAUUUAAUCGAGAUCCUGUAAUUCCUAUAUAUUCAGCAAGACCAGAUCAAGUUAAGAAAGCACUGAAAUAUGUAUAUCAUGCUGCUGAAAACAAACUUGAAGGAAAAGAACUGGAAUUACUCAUUGCCAUUCUUCCAGACAACAAUGGCUCUCUGUAUGGUGAUCUUAAACGAAUUUGUGAAACAGAUCUGGGUUUGAUUUCUCAAUGCUGCCUCACAAAACAUGUCUUCAAGAUUGGCAGACAAUACUUGGCAAAUCUCUCCCUUAAAAUAAAUGUCAAGAUGGGGGGAAGAAAUACUGUGCUCUUAGAUGCUUUAAGUUGGAGAAUUCCUUUGGUUAGUGACAUUCCAACAAUAAUAUUUGGGGCUGAUGUAACUCAUCCAGAAUCUGGAGAGGACUCUAGUCCAUCUAUAGCUGCUGUUGUGGCCUCACAAGACUGGCCAGAAGUGACAAAGUACGCUGGACUGGUAUGUGCUCAGCCUCAUAGGCAAGAAUUAAUUCAAGAUCUGUUCAAAACCUGGCAGGAUCCUCAACGGGGAACAGUUACUGGAGGCAUGAUCAGGGAGCUCUUACUUGCAUUUAAGAAGGCCACUGGACAAAAGCCACUGAGGAUAAUCUUUUACAGAGAUGGUGUCAGUGAAGGCCAGUUCUACCAGGUUCUACUGUAUGAACUUGAUGCCAUACGGAAGGCCUGUGCAUCACUGGAAUCUACUUACCAACCUCCAGUUACAUUCAUUGUGGUUCAAAAGAGGCAUCACACUAGGCUGUUUGCAAGCAAUCACAGUGACAGAAGCAGCACUGAGAAGAGUGGGAAUAUAUUACCUGGGACGGUGGUGGACUCUAAGAUCUGUCAUCCAACUGAGUUUGACUUCUAUCUGUGUAGUCAUGCGGGAAUCCAGGGGACAAGUCGACCUGCUCACUAUCAUGUUCUGUGGGAUGAAAAUAACUUCACAGCAGAUGAGAUCCAGUCUCUGACCAACAACCUCUGUUACACGUACGCUCGGUGCACUCGAUCUGUUUCUGUUGUGCCUCCAGCAUAUUAUGCUCAUCUAGCAGCCUACCGAGCUCGAUUCUACAUUGAACCAGAGGCAACCGAAAAUGCUAAAGGGAGAUGCACACGCACGAGCAAUGGAUCAUCUGUCCGGCCCUUACCAGCAUUGAAAGAGAGGGUGAAGAAUGUGAUGUUUUACUGUUAAAACAGGAGGAAGAAGCUGAGAUGAUACAGAGACCAAGGUGAAAGGGAAACUGUAAACAACAUAUGUACAUUUGUUGUGUUUAUAUUGUAGAGAGGAUUGUGCAUUGAAAAUUUUGAGAACGCAACAAGCAGCUUUUCUAACUGACUGUAACAGUUAACAGAAGAUUAACAAAAUUGAGUUUAGAUGCAUAUAUAAUAGUUUGUCUACCAUUCUAUA